AUAAGCGAGUUUAGCAUGCCCAAAGAGGGGGGAAAGGUGUUAAACCCAGGGAUCGUCUUCCCCCUCUUCUCUCCCCCUGCCCUCCACCUGCGAACCCGGCGGCGUCAUCUGCUAACCCUCGCCAGGACGGCGGCGCUCCGUGCCACUUCUCGACGACUUUUUUGGAAUCAGGCAAAGAUGACGAGCAAGCAGGAGCCCUGGACUCGACUUUCCCACAGUAAGAAGUUACCAGGAUGGGUCGCGUACAAUCCAAAGACCAUGAGGCCUCCACCAUUGAGCGGCGAUACCAAGCAAAUGAAGAUUCUAUCCUGGAAUGUCAAUGGGCUGAGAAAUAUUGUACAGUCAGGAGGUUUCUUUUCUGCAUUGGCUCAGAGGGAGAAUUUUGAUGUGUUGUGUCUUCAAGAGACACAUUUGAAGGAGGGUGAUGUUAAAGAUUUCAUGAACCUGAUACCAGGGUAUGAGUAUAAUUAUUGGUCAUGCAGUGUCGCGAGGCUUGACUAUUCAGGGACUGGAGUAAUUUCACGGGUAAAACCAAUCUCUGUCCAAUAUGGAAUUGGCAUAGCUGAACAUGAUCAGGAGGGCAGGGUUAUUACUUUGGAGUUUGAGAACUUCUACUUGGUGAAUGCUUAUGUCCCAAAUUCUGGCCGUGGUUUACGUAGAUUGGUUUACAGGGUUGAUAACUGGGAUCCAUCUUUCGCCGACUUUGUCGAAAAACUGGAAAGUUUCAAGCCAGUAAUUGUUUGUGGUGAUCUCAACUGUGCUCGUCAGAGUAUUGACAUUCACAAUCCUCCAGCCAAAACUGAAGAUGCAGGUUUCACCGAAGAAGAGAGGGAAUCAUUCCAGAUAAACUUUGAUAUGAGAGGCUUCGUUGAUACCUUCAGAAAGCAGCAUCCCAAGGCUGUGGGUUACACCUUCUGGGGUGAAAAUCAGCGGCGCAACAACAAAGGUUGGCGGCUGGAUUACUUUCUUGCGUCAGGAUCCAUCAUCGACAGGGUCCAUGAUUCGUACAUCCUCCCGGACGUGACAUCCAGCGACCACAGUCCAAUUGGCCUUGUGCUCAAGCUCUAGGCACCCUCAGUUGUUGCUGGGGAAAUGCUUCGUCAGGCUGAAACGUUUGCAUAGUCAGUUUUUCCGUGGAUUUUGUACUUGAAGGAUCUACCUAGAGUAAUCUGUCAAUGUUCUGCAGAGGUCUUGCGUAUCUGUUAUCUUACCAUGUCACUAGAAUAUAUGUGCUCAUUAAACUUUUGCAAUGUGAAUGGAUUCUAAACUGGAGCUUGCUUUUA